GUUCAGAGUCAGAAAUGCCUUAUGUGGAUCGUCAGAAUCGCAUUUGUGGCUUCCUAGAUAUUGAAGAAAAUGAGAAUAGUGGAAAAUUUCUGCGGCGGUACUUCAUUCUGGACACACGAGAAGAUAGUCUGGUGUGGUACAUGGAUAACCCACAGAAUCUUCCCUCUGGAUCUCCACCCGUUGGAGUCAUUAAACUUACCUAUAUUUCAAAGGUUAGCGAUGCAACUAAGCUAAGGCCAAAGGCAGAAUUCUGUUUUGUUAUGAAUGCAGGGAUGAGAAAAUACUUUCUACAAGCCAAUGAUCAGCAGGACCUAGUUGAAUGGGUAAAUGUUCUGAACAAAGCUACCAAAAUCACAGUACCAAAGCAGUCUGAUCCUCUGUGUCACGUGGAUAAUGCAAAUCGUCAAGCUGAAAGCCCAGGUGGAAAGAAGCAAGUCUCUUACAGGACAGAAAUUGUUGGCGGUGUUCCUAUCAUUACACCUACCCAGAAAGAAGAAAUCAGUGAGUGCGGUGAAGGGGUUGACAGGAAUUACUUGAAACGGUCACAAAGUCACCUUCCUUAUUUUACUGCUAAGCAUACCCCAGAUAAUGCUAUUAUCAAAGCUGGCUACUGUGUAAAACAAGGAGCAGUGAUGAAGAACUGGAAGAGAAGAUACUUCCAGUUAGAUGAAAACACAAUAGGAUAUUUCAAGUCUGAACUGGAAAAGGAACCUCUCAGGGUUAUACCACUUAAGGAGGUCCAUAAAGUUCAGGAAUGCAAACAAAGUGAUAUAAUGAUGAGAGACAAUCUCUUUGAAAUUGUAACAACUUCUCGAACCUUUUAUGUACAGGCGGACAGCCCGGAAGACAUGCACAGUUGGAUAAAAGCGAUUUCUGGGGCCAUUGUAGCACAGCGGGGACCUGGAAGAUCGGCUGCUUCCGAGCAUCCCGAGUCUUCUACCGAACCCAACCAUGCUCUCCGUUCUGCCCUCCCAGCCCCAGCCACCUCACAUUCCACAGCCGCUCACGGCAGCCCUCUGGUCCCAAACCCUCACGCCAAAUACCCUGCCUUGGAGAAGCGAGGAUUUCACGAAUCUUUUACCAAGGCCAAGCCAGGGAGCUUCAAGAUCCAGGUUGUCGCUCCAAGAGAAUCAGCUUCCAAAGUGACUGAACGGGGCCUCUCGGAACCCCAAAGUAAAAAUGGCACUCAGGAACAGGAUCCUGGCCUCGUGGAUCUGGAUGAUGCAAGCCUUCCAGUUAGUGAUGUGUAGUGGUGGAAGUGUUUGGAGAAUGAUCCAUUUGUUCGGUCCUCUAAUUUCCUUGCUCGGACUUUUAACCAAAGAAAAUUACAGGAAAUGAGAACAAAAAA